AAAAUAACUGUUCCUGUUUAGAGGUGCCUUAGAGAGCAAAACAGUUGACCAGGCUGUGACUGUUGGCGGUCCACCUUCUUCACAAAACAUGUUCAAGUUUGUUUAUGUAUUGAGCUCAAACCCAAAAAAGGGAACUUCUGUUUGCAAAUCUAACUACUCAGGAUGUGACUGUAGUUUCUCAACAAUCAUGUGACCUACUUCAGCUUGUUUUUUCAGUCACUGCAGAAGAGCAAAAUUCAUGAACACUUGGGUGCAACCAUUCUGUUGUCACAACUUCAUAAUGACCUUACUAACAAGCUGGAUAUCAGCACCAACAGCAUUUCUUCUCUUACAUUUUUGGAGAGCAAAGGUACAUGCUUCUGGAAACCCAGAAGAGGAAAUAGAUUACACAUAUGUUGUUAUAGGAGUUACUCUGGGAGCAGUUCUGGCAAUCGCUUUUGUAGCAGUAAUAAUCUGCAUGAUCAAAGCCAAAAUUAUUGACAGUGACUUUGGAGAGUCAGAUGGCAAAAUGGAAAGAAGGUCAAACACGGGAUCGAGCCAAAACAGAUGACAGCAAUGCAAAGUACAAGAGAUCAAUAACCCUUUUGCAAUCAACAGUUACCUGGUCUGAGGAUCAAUAGAAGUCUCUUGUGCACAGGCAGGAAUCUUACCAAUACCAAUCCUUUUCUCUGUUCUUUAGUUGAAAGGCUGAUUGAUUGCUUACAGGAAGAGCUUAUAGUGCAGCUAACUUCAAUAACCUGCACCCAAAAGGCCUGCAAUCCCCCUCAGCAUGUCUGUGAAGGACAUGUGUGAGGAAAAUAAAAUAGAUGGGUUCUGUUCACUAAUAGAGCCUCUUUAUUCUGUGAUAAGUAUAUGAUUGAUUUCUAAAGUCAGUUAAAUAGCAGGUAAUCAGAAAGGUGGCAAUAUGAAUCAGCAGCAGAAUGCAUGGUCACACCCAUAUUUCAAGAUAAGUAAAUAAGUAUUUCAGCAACUUGGAAAAUAAUUCAUUUGAGGUUAGAACAAAACAAGGCUUCUCAUUUAUAUCAGGAUAAGAAAAUACUUAAUUAAUUUAAAAUUUUAUCUUUUUUAGAUCUAGAACUGAUGCCUUUUGUAGGUGUUAGUGAUGAUUUAAUCAAUUUAAAAAUUAAUUAUGGCCAUUUAAAAUUAAAAAUUCCUUUUAGAAAUAAUGUUUUUUAUGUUCUGUUGACACUUCAUGUCAACACUACAAACAAGCUAAUAAAUAAUUAAUUAAAUAUUAAAUAAUUUAAACCCAAGUUAUUCUGUAAACACUUUCCAACUUUUAACAAAGCUUUGAGUCAGUGGCUUUGGUUUUGGUUCAGAAAAUAAUGCUGUAGAUUCUAUUCUGUUUAAUCCUCUUCUUUCAAGAAUGCUAUAUAUUCAACAUAUUGUCAUCACAAGGUGUAAGAAAACAGGGAGAUUUUUGUAUUUCAACCCAGGCUUUUCUUUCACCUUGUGAAGACAGGGCAGCCAGUGUCAGCUCUGAGAGCUUUGGGAACUCUUGUCCAGCAUCAUCUGCUAUUCCUACAGCUUCUCUCAGGAAACCCAGCAGAACUUCAAGGCUUGGGGGCCUCAGGUAGACAGCAUGCCAAGUGAGUUAAGUAAUAUCCCAGUAUUUCACAGGCAGAGCUGUAUGCUGGAGCAUUACAGGAUGACUCCAAACAGGAUGUUACACUAUUUUAUUGCAACUUACCAUUAUCCAGACCCAAAGACCACAACCUAUAAAUAAAUAGAAUCUUCAUAACCUUUUAGUUCAAGCCAAUGUCCAUAGACAUAUAGGCUUUUUUAAAUCUCUCACUUUACAUACAUUCUUAAAGUUCACUUUUAUACCUGUUUCGGCUUUCAGUGUGGCAGAUCAUAAUAAAAAUAAUAAAGUUAUUUCCAGCUCUCCACUAAUAUAAGAGAUUUAAUCCAACAAAAAAAAAAAAAAAAAAAAAAAAAAGCAAUUGUAAGACUGAAGUCCAACCUAGAAAUUCUGAGUGUUAUUAAGAACUAUCAAUCAAAAAUCAUGGAGACAAGGGCCUCCUGUCCAGUAAUCAGCCUUCAGAUCAGGCAGAGCUGAUGUGCUGGGUCAGGGACUUAGAGGAAACAUGCUGUUAGAGCAUAAGAACAGAUAUAUCAGAGUUUUGUUUUUAUAAAGAAUAAGCUACUGUACUACUUGUAACUAACUAAAGGGAUCUCAAUAUAAGCAUUUUUUGACUUUCACAAAGCAGGUCAUUUAUCAAAUGUGCACAGGAAAAUGAAUAGUAAUUUUUGCACACAUUUUGAACAACAAAAUGUAAAAUUUCUUUUGACAGAAGAAUGAUAUAUUGGAAUACUUUCUCUGGUUUCCUAGGUGUCUGUUACCCAUUUCAGCAACACUGCAGUUCAUUAGCAGCAUUUGCUAACAGAUAAACUAAAGCAGUAAUGUGAUACUUGUAAGUAAUUUUGUGUACAUGUGUAAGUGAAUAAAGCAUCUUGUAAGGUAUCUGUUAA